AUGAACCGUGCCCUGAGACCGUUUGCUCGUGCUUUGGUGCGUUCCAGUGACCUGCUUGUACGCGGUCGUGCAGCUGUACACGGUGCCUUGUGGGUCACAGCGAAUCGCGACCAGCGGCAGAGGUCGCUCUCCAGCUGGCGGGCUACGGGUGCUGUGCGCAGAUCCGCGCUCUCAGCAGCAGAGCUCUCUGCGAUUCUCGAAGAGAAAAUCAGCGGCGUUGAGGAGCCGUUCGAUGUGAACGAAGUCGGGAGAGUGCUAACCAUUGGUGACGGUAUUGCCCGAGUUUACGGAUUGAACAAUGUCAAAGCCGGUGAAAUGGUGGAGUUCGCGGACGGCACCAAAGGCAUGGCGCUCAACCUUGAGCAGGAUAAUGUAGGUGUUGUCGUUUUCGGCUCCGACCGCGAUAUUACCGAAGGCUCUCUCGUAAAACGGACGGAAGCUAUUGUAGACGUUCCGGUCGGGGAAGGCGUCAUUGGUCGCGUUGUGGACGCUCUGGGGCAGCCGAUCGACGGUAAGGGCCCGAUCCGCGCUGUUCAGCGGCGACGGGUUGAUGUCAAGGCUCCGGGUAUUAUCCCGCGUCGUUCUGUGCAUGAGCCUAUGCUGACAGGUCUCAAAGCUGUGGAUAGUCUUGUGCCGAUAGGGCGCGGCCAACGAGAGCUCAUUAUCGGUGAUCGACAGACCGGCAAAACUGCGGUUGCCAUCGAUGCGAUUUUGAAUCAGAAGAAGGCCCAUGACGAGAACAGGCCUGAAAAAAUCUACUGCAUUUAUGUUGGAGUCGGGCAAAAGCGCAGUACGAUCGCGCAGUUGGUGAAUCGACUCGAGCAGGCUGACGCACUCAAAUACACGUGCAUCGUGGCGGCGACGGCAUCGGAUGCGGCACCUCUCCAGUUUCUGGCCCCGUUUUCCGGCUGUGCAAUGGGCGAAUACUUCCGGGAUAACGGUAUGCAUGCGCUCAUUAUCUAUGACGACUUGAGUAAGCAGGCAGUCGCGUACAGACAGAUGUCACUGUUGCUGCGGCGUCCGCCGGGUCGCGAAGCCUAUCCCGGUGAUGUCUUCUACCUGCAUUCGCGUCUGCUGGAACGCGCUGCGAAAAUGAGCGAUACAGCAGGCGCCGGAUCCCUGACCGCGCUUCCCAUCAUAGAGACGCAAGCUGGUGACGUGUCCGCGUACAUUCCGACGAAUGUGAUCUCGAUUACGGACGGGCAGAUAUUCUUGGAGUCGGAGUUGUUCUACAAGGGUCAACGUCCCGCGAUCAACGUUGGUAUUUCGGUUAGUCGAGUGGGAUCUGCGGCGCAACCAAAAGCGAUGAAGCAGGUUGCGGGGUCGAUGAAACUGGAAUUAGCGCAGCAUCGGGAGGUCGCUGCCUUUGCGCAGUUCGGCUCUGACCUGGAUGCCGCCACGCAGCAGUUGCUGAAUCGCGGAGACCGUCUGAAUGAGCUGUUGAAACAAGGCCAGUACAAACCGAUGCCGUUCGAAGAACAAGUGUGCGUGAUCUACGGAGGUGUACGUGGCCUUCUCGACAAGGUACCCGUCUCUCGUAUUCGCGAGUAUGAAGCAGCAAUGCUGCAGAACAUGCGCUCAAAUCAUGGUGAUCUGUUGGCAAAGAUCCGUCAGGAAGGCCAAUUAUCGAAGGAGUCCGAUGAAGCCUUGCGAAAAAUUCUCACCGAGUUUAUUGCUACAUUCCACAAGGCUUGA